AUGCCACUUGUUCAUGAUUUUACUUUUCGAUUUUUCGAAUUUAAUACCGCGGUCGCGGUCGUGGAUAAAUCGCGAGUAGGUCCCGAAGCGAACGUGUAUGUAGGUAUUGCUCGAGCACGCACAUGCGAACGAACAACGAUCACUAUGAUCGAUGGUCGUCCAUGUGUAUUGGGGUCAGCUUUCGCGUUUGCGAGUAGAAAGACUCGAGCUAGAUGUAAGUUUCAGCGGGCAUUGCGCUCGAAGAAAGAAGAGGCUAAAAGCCGAAGAGGCCCGGCAAACUGCCACGAAGAGGGUCACAACAAAUGGCUUCUCAUCCUCUGGAUCAUUCAAAUGAUUCCAGAGCAUGGGAAAUCAUUCUCGUUACUACUUUGUCACUAUGCUCUUUUAUUAUUAGUGUCGCGUUUACUAAAUGUCCAAAUUCUUCCACUGGAUUCGUGGAAGACUGUUCCUGUUCCUGGAUCACCUGAUGCAGCUACAAGAGCAAUUCAUCAGCAAUCUCCAGCAUGGUUCGACGCGUCGCAAUUAGUGUUGCGCAUUUUUAAAUCAGAGUGCAUGGAUUAA